GUAACUCACUCAUCGUCAGUCAGUCGUCACAGUACUCGAUCGAGCGCGAUCUGAUCUCUUUCCGAGCAAUCAUCCGUUCUAGCGUAGUAGAGCGCAUGGACAUGGCCUCGUCCUCUGUAUCAGCAGCUCUCCUCCUGGCUGUCUCCCUCGCCGCUCUGCACUUGUGCUGCCGCCAUGGGCACGGUGCCGGCGACGCCGCCGGCAACGGCAUCACUGCCAUCUACAGCCUCGGCGACUCCAUCACUGACACCGGGAACCUCGUCAAGGAGGCGCCUCCGGGCAUGUUCGAGACCAUCAAGCACCUCCCCUACGGCGUCACGUUCGGGUACCCGACCGGGCGGUGCUCCGACGGCCUCCUCAUGAUCGACUUCCUGGCUCAGGACCUGGGUCUCCCGUUCCUGAACCCGUACCUGGGCAAGAACAAGAGCUUCGACCACGGCGUCAACUUCGCCGUCGCCGGAGCCACCGCCGUGGACCCGGCCGACCAGUUCAACCUCCCCGCCGUCCCCGUGCCGUUCGCCUCCAAGUCCCUCAAGGUGCAGCUCCGGUGGUUCAAGGACUUCCUCAAGUACACCUUCGGCACCGAUGAAGAGAUUCGCAGACGGCUUCAAGCUUCUCUGGUUUUGGUCGGGGAGAUCGGCGGGAACGACUACAACUACGCCUUCUUCCAGGCCAAGCCUGUGGCCGAGGUGGAGAAGCUCAUCCCAGGGGUCGUGAAGACCAUCGUCGGCGCCGCCAAGGAGGUGCUGGACAUGGGCGCCACCAGGGUCAUCGUCCCGGGCAACUUCCCCAUCGGCUGCGUGCCGGGCUACCUGGCCAUGAACGCCGCCUCGUCGGAGCCGGCGGACUACGACUCGGCGGGGUGCCUCCGGGAGCUCAACGACUUCGCCGCCAAGCACAACUCGCGGCUCCGGCGCGCCGUCGCCGACCUGCAGGCGUCGUACCCGGGCGCCGCCGUCGCCUACGCCGACUACUUCGACUCCUUCCUCACCCUCCUCCACAACGCCUCCUCGUUCGGUUUCGACGCCGCGAGCACGCGCAAGGCCUGCUGCGGCGCCGGUGCCGGCGAGUACAACUUCGACUGGCGGCGGAUGUGCGGCUUCCCGGGGACGGCGGCGUGCGCUGACCCGUCCACGUACCUGAGCUGGGACGGCAUACACAUGACGCAGGCGGCGUACAGGGCCAUGUCCAGGCUCAUCUACCACGGCAAGUACCUGCAGCCACAGAUACUGAGCUUCCCGGAGAAAAACGGGCAGACAUAAACUCACGUCGUCAUCAUAUAUAGAACUUAGUUAGAAAAUAUACUCGAAACACCGGCUACAAAUAAGCUGUCAGUAGUCAGCUGUAUCGGUAAGUACAUGCGCGCUGUUCAACUAAUGCUAUCAUCAAGCUGUGAGCCACACUGAGUGUGAGCAAAAUAUACACGUUGCAUGCAGUGCAGUCAGCUGCACUGAAUCCACGAUGAAGUCACACAGAACACAAACGCGUGUACCAGAACGGAUGCAGAGGAAGAAGGCUGUCGACAAGGCAUGAGUUGUUCAUUACCUUGUCCAGCUGCCUCUACAGGUACUAGAUUUUUUUUUAAAAUGGAUCUGCCACAAGAAUCAAGGCUGAUUUCCUUCAGCAGAUGAGAGUGGCAGAAUAGGCAGUAGUGAAAUAUUCAGUGACAGGAUAGGCGAUGGUGAAAUAUUUACACUGAUAACACAUGUAGUUGAACUCAACAUCACGGUGAACUGUUUUUUAUACAAAGCUUAUUGA